AUGCCAGCAGCAGCAGCAGCAUGCACAAUUAACAGGCAGCAAAAGACAGCAUCAGCAACAGCAACAGCGGGGACCAGGAGACAGCAGUACGAGCAGCAGCAGCCGCAGCGGCAGCUGCACGAGCAGGAGCAGCAGGAGCACGAGCAGGAGCAGCAAGAGCAGGAGCAGCAGCAGCAGGAGCAGCAAGAGCAGGAGCAGCAGCAGCAGGAGCAGCAAGAGCAGGAGCAGCAGCAGCAAGAGCAGGAGCAGCAGGAGCAGGAGCAGCAGGAGGAUUGCGUGUAA